AUGCUGUGCUUAUAUACAGUAAGUGCUCAAUACGUGCUUCCAAUGACUUCCCACCGGGUCUCCUCUGGCUGGGUCGUGGUGGCAGUGGACAGCGGCGGGACAGUGGUGCUGGUCAGCCAGGACGGGAUCCAGAGGCCGCCCUUCCGCUUCCCCAAGGGAGGGCACCUCCUGCAGUUCCUCUCGUGCCUGGAAAAUGGGCUGCUCCCUCAUGGGCAGCUGGACCCUCCACUCUGGUCUCAGCGGGGAAAGGGCAAAGUAUUUCCCAAACUGCGCAAGCGAAGCCCUCAGGGUUCCGCCGAGUCCACGUCCUUAGACAAGGAAGACGACGAGGCCACAGAUUACGUGUUCAGGACCAUUUACCCCGGCAUGAGGUCUGAAUUCGGUAAGCUGCCCCAUCUCUGGGCCCCCUGGAUCCAGCUGUUAGCCGAUCAUGAAAAUGAUUCCAGGUGUUUGGAACUAGAGGACAAGUGGUCUGGACUCUGGGGCCAGCAAGGGGACCAGAAACCAGGAAGUUAGUAUCUCGGCUUCCCCCCAAAGGAGAACUGUGAGCUACUUAGCUUCAUAAAGACACACCUGACCAGGAGGUGACCUGGGCUAGUGGCCGUGGGCUCUGGAAUCCUGGUUGACCUGGGGCAAGUCAC